AUUUACAUACGCGCUGCGUCGCUGAUUAAGAUAACAAGUGAAGUUCGCAUAUCUUCACUUCAGUUUUUUCCGAUAAAUUUGUUUAUUGGAAAAACAAGCAAUACUCAUUUAUCAGUUGACAGUGUUUGUGUAUUUCGCCAUGUUGGAAGUUUUGAGUUGCUUCACGCCCUUUAAAAUAUACAAAAGAUGAAAUAAUUGUAAAGUAUUCAUAUUAAAAGAUGGGCACAGAAGAUAUAAAUACCGAUACUACGGAUUCGAGGAAUUCAAAAGAUGCCUUCUUCGAUCCAAAGCCUAAACCUAAAAUGAUAAGGGUGUUAACAGUAUUGGCAUAUGUUUUAAGUGUUUCAAUGGCUGCUAUAUUUUUAUCCAUCUAUUAUAUAUUUAUGUGGAACGGAGAGCCACAUUUAGGAGCCCACAAAAGUGUAUCUCUUAACUUUAGUAGCAUAGGGGAGAGUGAUAAUCGACUGAAUGUUUCUUUACAUCUAGAUACUGUACCACAAGCGCUAGAAAGGAAAGCAGUAGCAGAAAUUGUAAACGAUACUAGAAAAAUAAAUUUAAUGGACUUCCAUGUUAAAGGAGAAGAAGAAGAAAAUGAAUCUAGUGAUAUAAUGAAUGAAGAAUUUAAUACUAAACAGGAAGAAGGAGAAAAUGAAUCUAGUGAUAUAACAAGUAAAUCGAUAGAUAUAGAUUUGCAGCAGCAGUUUCCAGCAGUAGAGCCAGAAAUGAGACUGCCAUCUCCUACAACAACUUCGGAAGAUAAUACCACAAACUGGCAAGAAGAUUAUAACGAUAAAUUAGAUAGUUUAGAAGAGUUAAGAAAAUCGAGUCCACUAAUUAAGAAACUAUGGGAUAGAGAGGAAGACAACUAUUGAAUAAAAUUUACAUUUAAUGUGUUAAUGUAUACUAUAGAAAACUCUAGUAGCAGAGGUAGUAUAUUAUUAUUAUAUUCAACACAAAAGACUUAAAAUGUGAUGUCACAAAAUGUAGUCUUAAAAUCUUUGUAUUUGGUCUGUAAACAUUUAAAUAUGA